AUGCCAGACCCACACAGAAUCUUCCUCAAAGGCACGGACAACGACUUCAUCGUAUUUGUCGAUGAACCCGAAAUGUGGGAGAAGUACAAGAAGGACCCUUCUAUUGAUCUCGUGGACUUUGUCUCCGUGUUUCAAGUCUUUGUUACCUCCAAGGGUAGUCUGGGAGACCUCGAUACUGCUUCUGAAGCUGAAUUGGCCAAUGAGUUCGGCUCUGCGGAUGUCAACAAGGCAAUUGCCCAUAUCUUGAAGAAUGGUGAAGACAGAAACACGGUCGAUGUAAGGAACAAGGAACUUAAGUAG